AUGGGCAAGCCUAUCGUUCUCCAGCUCGGCGACGACAUCAAGUGGAACCAUGACCUCUACAAGGACUUCGGCUCCAAGUUCGAGAUCCGGCGCUCCUACAGCAUGUCGCGCGCCGAGUUCAUCCAGGCGCUGAAGGACAAGAAGUUCGGCGACUUCUUCGCCAUCUACCGCCCAUUCUGGAACACGGGAGGAGAGAUGGGCAACUGGGACAAGGAGCUGAUCUCGCUUCUGCCCUCGUCAUGCAAGGUCUACGCCAGUGCCGGAGCUGGGUUCGACUGGGUUGACACGGAGUCGCUGGCACAGCGGGGAGUGACUUACUGCAACGCCGCCGCGGCCUGCACGGAAUCUGUCGCCGACGGCGCCAUCUGGCUUCUCAUCUCCAUCUUCCGCCUCUUCUCGUGGUCAUCCACCGCCGCGCGCUCAGGCGACCCCGACCAGUUCGUCGACGCCAACAAGAACCUCGCCGUCGUCUCGCGCAACCCCAAUGGCUUCAGCCUGGGCAUCAUUGGCUUCGGCAAGAUCGGGCGCAGAAUCGCAGAGAAGGCUUACCGCUCCCACGACAUGAAGAUCCUGUACAACGACGUCGUCCGCAUGCCUGCCGAGCUCGAGAAGUCCACGGACGCGACAUACUACAAGAACGUCGACGACCUGCUCGCCACCGCUGACUGCGUCUUGGUCGCGACGCCUUUCGCCGGCAAGACGCUCCUCGACGCCCAGGGAAUCGCAAAGAUGAAGAAGGGCGCCAAGGUCAUCAACAUUGCCCGCGGCAAGUUGAUUGAUGAGGAUGCCCUCGUUGCUGCGUUGAAGAGCGGCCACCUGUCCGCUGCUGGACUUGACGUUCACUUCAACGAGCCCCAUGUCAGCAAGGAGCUCAUCAAGAUGAGGAAUGUCGAGGUUCUGUCGCACAAUGCUGGAGCUUCACUAGACGCUCACAUUGGCUUUGAGAGACUGGGCAUGGAGAAUAUUCUGUCCUUUGAGAAGACAGGCAAGGCCAUCACCCCGGUCAAUGCUCACUUGAUCAAGCAAAGCCGUCUGUGA